GCAACAUGAACUGAUCUAUACUACCUCGUAGAUGGGAGAGGAGAGCAUGGCGAAGCAUCCGUCGCACCGGAAGAUGCCGUCGUCGGCGCCGAUGCCGUCGAUGCGGACGGUGAACUCGUUAUCCGCAGGGGGAUGGUACCACGACCCAUCCUGCUCGUCGUCGUCGUCUUCCCUGUCGUCGGAGCGCGGCGACGGCCUCGUGUGGCAGCACCGGCUGUCCUCGCACUCGUAGCUGCGUGUGCGGCUGCGGCUCCGGCAGCUUCUUGGCCGACGACGACGACGUCGGCGGGGGCUGUUGCUCCGGCUGCGGCCGCGGCGGCGAGAGUACCCUUCCUCGUCGUGACGACGACGGCGGCUCGGUUGGUAGGCCGGCGACAGCGACCAACGGCUGCCCUCAAGGUAGACCGGCGAUUCCGGCCCGGUCGUCGGGUCUCGCCGCCGGCGCCGGGCCGUGCCGGCCGCCGGGAUGGCGAUCCUGUCGCCCACGCGGCCGCUGCUCAUCUUGGGCGCUAGAAUCCUCUGCUCCCGAAUAUCUCGCCGAUGAAACAGAUUUUAUAACGAUCUGCUGCAUGCUUAAGAGUUAAGGAGUCUUGGAGAUAGGAGAUUGUGCCAAAUACUUCACCAAGAGUAUUUCGGAAGCAUUAUAUAUAUGCAGAUGCAGUUCCCUCACUUAGCAACAAUGAUGCGUUUGAAGAAGAAGGGUACGAUGGAUAAUACUGGUACGCCCAAGAGGACGAGGUGGUCGGAGAACAAGGCUCAGCAGGACGGGAAAGAUGAGACGACCAAGCUGACCUACUCCAUCGAGCGUGACGCACUGGAGUGUCCCAUUUGCUUCGUUCCUUUUGAAGAUCGAGUUUACAUGUGCAAGAACGGCCACGCUGCGUGCGGCUCCUGCUACGCCAAGAUGAACACCAUGUGCCCGUGCUGCAUCGAGCCCAUCGGUAACAUCCGGUGCAGGCCGCUGGAGAAGGUGCUUGCGGCCAUGUCUGCUCCCUGCAGGUUCAGCACGAGCGCCUACAUGAGGUUGAUCAGGGCGAGCGGCUGCACGGAGAUCGUCGCCUACACCGAGAGGCGGAAUCACGAGGCGUCGUGCCCACACGCCCCGUGUGUCUGCCCGUUCGACGGCUGCAACUACCAGGGACACUUGCUGUACAGCCACAUCCAGGACGAACACGCCACGGACGCCGCCGUCGUCGCCACAGGCUGUCUCCGGGGCACCGGCACCACCGUGACGCUGCACAAGAGCAAGCCGUUCCACGUGCUCCUCCACCGCGGCGGCAGCCGCGUCUUCCUCCUGCUCAACGGCGACAACGUCCUGUCGGGCCGCUCGCUGUCGCUGGUCUGCAUCAGCCCUCCUCCCCCGUUGCCCAACUGCGAGCUGCUGUACAAGAUUGAGCUUGGCGCCGUGUCGCGGGCCCCCGGCGAGCUCGGUCUGUCCAUGUCGGGUACCGUCCCGUGCGUCCGCCGGCUGGAGGGGUUCGACGCGAAGGCGUUCCUGUUCGUGCCCGAUUCUUACUGGGGCUCGUCCGGCACCAUCUCUGUCACCGUGCACCUCUGAGAGUGAUUGCUUGCUUUUGGGUCACUCCAGUCCUGAGUCUAUCGAUCUCAGUGUUUGUUGUUAGCUUUCAGGUCUACUAUAUGUGUUGUAAUUGGCUAAGAUCAAUCGAUAAAAAAAACUGAACUCUCUGGAUUUUUCGGACUGCUAUAGUGAACUGACGAAACUGAACUAUGAAAUGAUGAACAGAGGAAACAGAGCAGCGA